AUGGGGAACGCCCCGUCCUCGAAGCCGGCUACCCCUACCCCCACGCCUCCAGCUCCCUCCAGCUCGAACCACGACUCCCCGCGAGCUUCCAAGAAGGAGCACAAGCACCUGGUCUCGCUGCACCACCAGCAGCACAUCCGAUCGCCAGCUGAGCCCGAGGCCUCGGUCGUCCAGGCCCAGGGUUCCACCAUUUCCAACAGAAACUCCCAGUCACGGCCCCUGUCCAUCCUCAACUCCUCGUCACCUUCCGCGAGCUCCAGCCACUCCGUCGCACCUCGUAAGCCGUCCGAUCAGCCAAAGCCGCAGCGACAUGCCGCCGACCUCGACAAUGAGCCCUCCAAGCCCGUAGCCGUGCCCGUGACCCAUCCCGAAACCGAUAGCUUCGCGCACGACUUUCACUACGAAGAGGGUCUCACGUCCGGUACCACUUCCAGCAGCAUACAGGAUAUGUCAUACCACCCCAUGUCGCGCCCUCCGCGCCUGCCACUCCCCAUCGAGGAGGAGAUCCAUACUCCUGGCUCGCCCAUCUUCGCUCCACAGGACAUCGACGAGGACAGGAUCGAAUAUGUAGCUCCUCUGGACGAGCAGAAUGACCUACCGCGCCGUGCGUCGGGACUGAGCAAUGCGACAGACGAGGAGGAUACUGAGGAGCUGCGCGUGGACAAGACGAGGCCAACAAUUCCGACACACAUCGAGUGGUUGCGCGGUGGUGAGAAGGUCUAUGUCACGGGGACACCUUUUCAAUGGAGCAGGAAACAGCGUUUACUCCCAGCAAAAGUCCCCGCUGUUGUCCGAGGACGCGAAGGUGUUCUCGAGACGGUCAUUCCAGUCUUUCCAGGUACACACCACAUCAAGUUCCUGGUUGAUGGUAGCAUGCAAACGUCGCAAGACCUGCCCACUACCGUCGAUUUUGGCAACAACUUGGUGAAUUACAUUGAAGUGAGCGGUGAAGGUGCGCGGAACUUGAACCUGGACUCCCGUGUUCCUAAGUCGAGCAAGGAUGCCCUUCAACUUCCGUCCAGGCCACCCUCGCCGAGUGAUGUUCCCCAGAAGAGAGUUAUAGUCCCGGUGGAGACGUUCUCUGAAAAGGUCCCCCGCUAUCUGGACGACUUCGACCAGCCCGAAGACUCGACAGUGUAUAGGAUCUCAGCUGUGGCGCUCGAGAAGCUCCCUCCGCCGCCCAGCUUGCCCGGGUUCCUGAGUAAGCCGAUUAUGAACAACACGACGCUGAUCAAGGACGACAACAGCGUCCUGAACAUGCCCAAUCAUACUGUUCUCAACCACUUGGCCACUUGCAGUAUCAAGAAUAACGUGCUUGCUGUAUCAGCAACCACCAGGUUUCAGCACAAGUACGUGACAACCGUCAUUUACAAGGCCACAAAGCACGACUAA